AUGUUCAAGUUGGUGGUACUUUCUGUUGUCCUUGCCUGUGUUGCUGCAAAGCCCACUGCUAUUGCCUAUGGAUCAGCUCCAUUGGUCUAUUCAGCAUCAGCUUUAAUUCAUGAGCCAGCACAUCUCAUCACUCAUGAGCGGUCAUUGGAAAAGGUUGGUGAUGUUGUUGAGAGUGUGCCAACAGCUGUUUCACAUCAAAGUUCAACAAUUGUUCAUGACAGAGCUAAUGUUGUGACACCAUUGGUUGCUCCAGCUAUUAAGACCAGUAUUACUCCAGCUAUUCGAUCAUAUGCUGCUCCAGUUAUUGCUCAUCAGCCACUUCUUCAAUACGCUUUGCCAUACAGUUAUGAUUAUGUAAAGUCUCCACUUUACAAAUCAUAUGUUCCAUCGGUACCAUUGGUUUACUAAAAAAAAAGACAACAAAAUAUGCAAAAGUUUA